CUUCGAAGCUUCAUGAAGAAGCGAUGUGAAUUUGCCCACUAUUACAUUAUAGAUUUCCCUGUUUUAAAUCAAGAUUUAGGUGUUGAGUCUCUAAUACGGAAACAGUGAAUCAAACAUGGCUGAUGGAGCGAUCUUCGAAAUAACCGGAAUGGAGAAUUCCCUGGUUAUAAAGAUAGAACAGCAUGAAAACAGCCAUACCAUGCCAGAUGUGCAAACGAAAACCUGCCAGUCCUCACCUAGACAAAGGCGGGAGAAUAAAAGACAGGAUCAGAAUGAACUGAAAGAAGAUUCUGUCAUUCGCCAUCAUUAUGGGAUGCCUUUCAUUCCAGAAGCAAACCAUAAGCAGCACGUGAGAAGUCAGUCUGAAGAGAAAGCUUUCACCUGUUCUGAAUGUGGAAAGAGUUUUAAACUGAGAAAGAUCCUUACACAGCACAUGAGAAUUCACACCGGAGAGAAACCUUUCACCUGCUCCGAGUGUGGAAAAGGUUUUGCAGUGAAAAAAAACCUUAAAUAUCAUAUGAGAAAUCACACUGGAGAAAAACCCUUUACCUGUUCUGAUUGUGGAAAGAGUUUCACUGUGAACAAGAGUCUUCAACAACACAUGAAAGUUCACACUGGAGAGAAACUUUUCGACUGCUCUGAGUGUGGAAGGAGUUUUGCUUUUAAACAAACCCUUGAGAAACACAUGAGAACUCACACUGGAGAGAAACCCUACGUCUGCCCUGAGUGUGGAAACAGUUUCGGAGACAAACAAAAUCUUAACGUUCACAUGAAAAUUCACACUGAUGAAAGGCCGUAUGUCUGCCCUGAGUGUGGAAAGAGCUGCAGACUGAGACAAAACCUUCAGCGUCACAUGACAAUUCACACUGGAGAAAAGCCGUUCAUUUGCCCUCAGUGUGGAAAGAGUUGCAGAAUGAGACAAAACCUUGAGAGACACAUAAGAAUUCACACUGGAGAGAAGCCUUACACCUGCUCCGAGUGUGAAAAGAGUUUCACCAUGAAAGAGCGCCUUACGAGACACAUGAGAAUUCACACUGGAAGGAGACCUUUCCACAGACCAGAAAACCCACCAGCUAUUGAGGGAGUGUGAUAUAGCCAAUCUGUUUAACUGAUUAGGCCAUUUGACACAUUAAAGAGCAGGUCAUAUGGGUUUUCGAAAAGUAUCUUCUUUGCAGUUUAUAACAUAGCUAUCCUUCAGUGUAAACAUUCUGCAAAGUUGCUAAUCAGAAAGUGCAUGAUAAAUAAAGAUAUUGUCUCUCAAACUCUCAAAAGAAAGAGCUGACUCAGAACGAGUCAACAUAUUUUCAGAUCUUCUGCCUGUUAUGAUACGCAUCAUUCGAACAAAAUUCGCACAGUCUGAGCUGUUCACAAACUUCCGCUAGUUAGUGUGUUUACAUCAUGUCAAGAAGACAGUGUUCUGCGCUGUGAAAGUAAGUUUGCUUUGUUUUCAUUGCCGAAAGAUGAUAAUGUGAAGAAUCAGUGGUUAAAAUUAAUUUUUUCCACAAUACCACAGCAAUACAAUUUGUACCACAUACAAAGUUUAAACUUAUCGCAGAGCAACGUCCUGAUCAAGUUGUGCUUGCGCUUGAGUUUCCAGUUGAGCGAUUGCGUCUGUAUCAUCCUCGGACUCGGGCUCGAGUGAAUAAUUUUUAAAAAAACCUGGAGCAAAACAUUAAUUAUGGUAAUGGACGUUUCAUUUCCAACACGCAUUGUAUACGGAAAGACCAACCACAACAGACUUGGCCAGCUGACCAGUCAGAGCUGAGUGGGCUUAUGGAAGGGAGGAGUUUACAGACCUUGAGCUCAGAAUAAUUGAGAAAUGACUCUACUGUGAGAAAAUUACAAUGUUUUCUGACCUUAGAUGCUUUUAAACAUGUUGUAGGGGACUCCAGCACAGUAUUAGGACACUUUAAAAUACCAUAUGACCUGCUCUUUAAGACUAAAUGGAACUGAGAGUUUUUACAGUUAGUUUACUUGCAGCAACUGCAGUCAUAAUCUUGAUGUUUCAUUUAAAAACUUGUAUAGCCCUAACAGAAACAGUCAGUUAAAUAGCAGUGUUGUUUUUUUUUUUGCCCUAUUAUUUGUAUAUUUCUUCACUUAUAUAUACAUUUUAUAUAUCCCUAUACAUUGUAUAUAGCGUUCCUUAAUAUUUAUUUCGCUGUGUUUUUCUAAUGAUGUGUAUUCCUACGUUGUGCAAUGAAACACAUUUAGAGCUCUUAGAUGUAUAUCUGAGGUUAUUCUAGAAACUUUCUUGAACUGUUCAUUUCAUAUCACCUCAUUUCCUGCCUCUUUUUCUGCCCCUGCAUUUUCCGCUUGACAUAAGAGGUGACUAGACAACUACAAAACCGCUACAAAAAUAACCAGAGUCUGCUACCAGAAAUGAGAAAGAAGUGAAAUUUUCAUCAGAUUUUCCUUUUACUAAACUACUGCAAAACAGAAAGGCACUGUGUUUAAGUCUAAAUUAACCUGUUUCACAAAUACAUUUACUAAUGUCCCUAAAUAAUAUAACAACUUUGAACAUAAAGGGGCAAAAUUAAACUUUUUCAGAUUAAUUUUCAUAAUUAAAUUGAAGCAUCAACUGUCAUUUUAUGUUCUUCAAUGAGAGAAAACUCCCUCUGAAUGAGACUAGAGUUCUACACAGAGAAAAAUACAUACAUACUCCCCCGUAAAUACAUUGUUAUUUUGCACAAAACAACAAAUGUAUUGUUAUUUUGCACAUUAAAACUGAACCAAAAUUGGUUACAACCAUAUUAGAUACUGGAUCAUGUAAUUAAACAGAUCAACUCCCCCUAGCGGUGAAUCGUCGAAAUUUCUAAAAGAUUCGAACCCGUCUAUGACGUAGCGAAGCCUCGUUUGCUGAAGUCACGUGACUUGUCUUGGCCAGGUUGAUUCGCGCUCCGAACCACUGAUUUAAAGCAAAGAUUUGUUAACCUUCUGUGUGUUUUUAAAUAGCUUUUUUCAAAUAUCAUUUUUGGUUGCAUAAUCUUUGUUAGUGGAUAGAGUGGGCAAAAUGACUGAUCUGUGAAAGAAAUGGGAUCGAACAUUUCCUGGUGAUAAAGAUGGAGCAGCAUAAAAACAGACCACAGAGACACCAGAUGUGCAGAUGCAAACCUGCCUGUCGUCACCUGGUGAAGUGUGGGAGAAUAAAAGAAAUAUAUAUUAUAUAUACCUAAUUUUACAAAGAAAGUGUAUGAUGUGUUUGUCACUUACAAAGAAAUAAGUUAGAAUAUGGUAAUUGUUGGUUGUGACUAAUUAAAAAGCGUCUAAAAUGUAAGUGGUUAGUCCGCCCAUGCAAACAUCAAACUUUUUAUUCUUUACAACUUUCAAGAAAGUAUUGAGCACUGAAAUCAUUCUCUAAAGGUUUUGUCAGUAACUUUAAGCAGUUUAAAACUAGAUAUAUUCACAUGUCAUAAAAUAAUAUAAUAAUAAAUCAAAAUAACUUAUGUUCUGUCACUUACCAUUUUUGAUGCAGGGGAACUUUGUCAUUUGCCCCCUUUUUUAAAAUAAGGUAUUUCCGCUAAAUAUUCUGUGUUGGAAUUGAUUUGUUCAUAAAGUGAAGUGAUAAAAUGUCAACUUUGUUGUCUGUGUUGUGUAUUUUGUUUCAUGUAUUUCUGUUUUUAAUACAUUCUUUUAUCUUUUAGAACAACGAGAAAUAAACAA